UUUCACGCCCUUUCUCACAGGGGACUUAAUCAAGAGUAAAACCUUUACUCUCCUUCUCAUGUGGUCCAUGUUGUGCCUGUGAGUCUCUCAGGAACCGAAUUGUGAGUGACGCGUUUUGCGCCACCUCUUUAAAGUAUGCCAGAAGUUGAGAAUAAUUAAUUUUGGCGAAGAUUUUGGUCAUUACAGCUGUUCAUUUCGUUCACGCAUGCGCGAGAACACAACGUUCACUUUUGAUGGAAAAACUAAUCGAACGUAAAUCGCAGAAGAAGCACGUGGAAACUCUACAAGCUGCGUCACAUGCUGUUGCUAGGAUACACUCAGCCUGGGAAUCUGAUUACCUUCAAAUCAAAGCGUAACUCAAAAGUUUAAAUCCACAUUGUCAGCCUGGUUUCCCAUGCCGCUACCUGUUCACCAAAAAGACCAAAUGAGCUUUCUCUACAAACAGGAAGAGCAAUCACAGAUGUUGCCUGCAGUAUGGCCUGCCAGCGCCAGGGACACAGUACCAGGAAGUUCUGGUUACCAGGAUGGGCCACACCAUACAUCUGUUGCCGAAGUACAGGCUCAGCAGGCACGCCAAAAAAUUGAAGCCCGUAAAACAGUGGCAAAAUUAUUCCAGCAAUACAGGGAUCAGCUAAUCUCCAACAAAUAUGAGGUCACCGUGACAUCAGAUCCUGUGUCAACAGAAGAGAAGAUCUGCCUCACUGUGUAUGAAAAUAAGAAAGUCAUACAUUUCACUGUGAAGAACUCUGGUGUCACAGCAGUUUAUUUAACUUUUUGGUCCGCUGUCCUUGUAAAGAACAUUUUCACUGUUAGAGACUGUCAUGGAAACAAUAUCAAGACUAUCAACAAACACACUCUUCAACCAGGAGAGACAUAUGAAAUCAAGGUCCAUUUCCACUCUCUCCAUGCAGGCUUCUAUGAACAGUUAUUAGUCUUUAAUUUUGAAACAUGCCAGCAGUUCUCAGAUACCUUUGAGAUCAUGCGCCUCUUGGAGGUCAUACAUCUGACAUCUCUUAGUGAAGAGCCCUCCCAAAAAGCCACAGACUCAUUGUGCCAAAGUGUAUUGUCUAACCUUAAGAAAGGAAUGAGCCUACUAACUUCUGUCAUUCCUUUGAAGAAAUAUGGGAUACCCCAUGGUAUAAAAUACAGUAAAGAAGACGUGGACCUGCUGGGUCCUCUGAACUGGGAGAACUACUCCCAGAGGUUUCACAUGCUGCUGCAUCUGGAGGAGCACCAGCAGAAGACAAACAUUGAGAAAUACAAUCAGGAUAAUGUGCCCCUGUUUGCAUGCAAAAGCACCACUGACCUUGUAAUUAUGCAGAUUGCAGGUGUCUCUAAAAGUACAGUACUGAAGCCAUCCGGGGUCCGUGUGCAGGUGGUUCCCUUGGUGGUUACCAACUUCGAACCUGUUCAUUAUUACACUGGAUGGCUUCAACAUGUGGAGGGGGAGCUGAUCUACCUGCAGUUCGAUAAAGAUUUCCUGAGGUGUUUCAAGGAGGGCAUGAGGGUCCGUGCUUUGUUUGCCAUCAACCGCAUAAGCCUACGACUUCAGCACAGAGCAGCAGUGCUGAUAUAUGAGCACAGACUGAAGGAGGUGCUGUUCCCUACUGGACAACAUUCUGUCAAGCAUUCACAUUUACACAGCCUACCAGGGGUUGAGGGCAACCCAGAACAGUGCACAGCUGUUCAUUACAUUGUAGCUGGUACUGCAAAACCUGCCCCUUACCUGGUAUUUGGUCCACCUGGCACAGGCAAAACAGUGACUUUGGUGGAAGCCAUCAAACAGAUAGUGAAAACCCAGAAUUCGUGCCACAUACUGGCUUGCGCUCCUUCCAACAGCGCAGCUGAUCAUCUGUGUGAGAAGAUUCUGGAAAAAAAGAUUCGGGGAGUGUUUCGCUUGUAUGCGUUCAGUUUCCCUGUGAGAAAUAUUUCCCCAAAAAUAAAGCCACAUUGCAACCUGGACAUCAGUAACAACAACAUUAUUCUUCCUCCUAAAAAAGUGCUGUUGAGGUAUAAGGUCAUGGUAACCACCUUGAUUACCGCUGGAAGGCUAGUGACAGCAGGGAUUAAUCCAAGUCAUUUCACUUAUAUCUUUGUGGAUGAGGCAGGCCAGGCUAUAGAAACAGAGUGUGUCAUUCCUUUAGCAGGUUUAAUGAAACCACACACAUGUCAGGUAGUGCUGGCCGGAGACCCUAAACAGUUAGGCCCAGUCAUCACAUCCACAUUAGCAGAGGAAAGUGGCCUGGGUUUGUCCUUGUUGGAGCGUCUGAUGAAUAACAUCGACCUUUACAAGUCACAUGACGGGUUCAACAACCGCUUUAUCACCAAAUUACUGAGGAACUAUAGAUCCCAUCCUGCAAUUCUGAAAAUUCCCAAUGAGCUCUUUUAUAAAGGAGAACUUCAAGCAUAUGCAGAUAAAAAGAGAUGUAGUUCAUUUUGCAAAUGGGAACACCUGCCCAAAAAAGGUUUCCCUCUGAUCUUCCAUGGAGUGGCAGGUACUGAUGAACGUGAUGCCGACAGUCCCUCUGCUUACAACAUGGCAGAGGUGGAGGUGAUAAAGGAGUACUUAAAAUCCCUUAUUGACCAUUUUCACAAAAAUGACAUGGCCACAAUUGAACCAAGAGAAAUUGGCAUCAUUACCCCAUACAGAAAACAGGUGGAGAAAAUCCAGAAUGCCCUCAAGACUGAUAAAGAUCUCAAGAAGGAAAACCUGGAAAACAUAGUGAUUGGCUCAGUGGAGAAUUUUCAGGGUAAAGAGUUUAGCGUGAUUCUGUUGUCUACGGUGCGUAGCACUCCCAAACUGAGUGCAAGUAAGCAACAGUUCACUCUAGGCUUUGUUGAUAAUGAGAAGAGGUUUAAUGUGGCACUGACCAGAGCAAAAUCCUUACUGAUUGUCAUUGGAGACCCCAGAAUUUUGAAAACUGACAAAAUCUGGAACAAAUUUGUUAAUUACUGCUACAAAGAAGGGGCUUACCGAGGUAUUGCAGUCUCUGAUGAAGAGGAAGAGGAAGAGGAAGAUACACUCAAUAAUGUACACUCACAGAACCUCUGGAACCAUGGGAUCAAAUCUCCCCACUUCAGAUCAGUCCUCUACGGCCUGACAAUGUUCGACAUGAUAACAACACAACAAGACAAUAUCUACUUCAAGUGCCAUUCAGACAGGCGUCAUCAGCGAGAGCCUGCCAGUCCCAGGACAGUACAGGUCUUUGUCUCUGGAGAAGAAGCCGAAACAGCCCGGGGGAGACUGGCCAGGUUUUUGAAGGAAGAACUGAAGAAAAGCAGAGCUCAGCUCAUCUCUGCCAAAAAUGGCAUCCGGAUCAACUCUGACCCUCAGUUUGAGAAUGGGAAACUUUGCUUGCUUGUGGAAGAAUGCGAGUGUUUGGUAAACCUGAAAGUGGAAAACUCUGGAACAAAGCCUGUGUAUUUCACCUACUACACCCCACUGCACUGGCUGAAGUACUUCACUCUAAAGGAUGAGAGCAAAGUGACUAAGACAAAUCCUUUGUGUCUACAUCCAGGUGACAGCUAUGAGAUCCAGGUUAUUUUCCACUGCACUGUGGUUGGUUUCUAUCCAACUACACUGGCCUUUGAGUUCAGACAAGACCUGCAGACCUCCGAUGCGUUCUACAUUGUACGCUUCAUUGAGGCUCGGUGUAUAACUGCCUUAGGACGGGAGCUGGCACCCACAGCACCCUACAAACCUCGCUCUCUCCCUGCCUGGAUCCGUAAAGUUGAUUACAAGAUUGUGGAUGGACAGCGACCUGAAGGACUGUCAAAAAGGGAGCUAGAGAAUGCAGUUAUGCUAAAAGAGUAUCGCAUGCCGGCAUACAUGAACUCGUUCAUCAAAUCACUGGAGAAGCCUACCUUCGUCUCUGAUAAAAGAAGGGCCUUGCUGGAAAGCCCCUUGAGCCGGAGUAACUACUCAGAGAAGUUUCAUCUGCUGCUGUAUCUGGAGGAGCAACAGAUGGAGGUGGACAUCAAGAAAUACAACAUCCCUAACAGUGAACAAGAAGUGGCCAUCAUGACCAGAGAUCCAGUCAACAAGAAACUUCUCGUUCUGGAGGUACCUGGUGUGUCUGAGAACCGCCCGUCUGUACUACGAGGGGAUGCACUGCUGGCGUAUCCUGUGGGAGAAAAGACGAUUAAGUAUCGCGGCUACGUCCACAGUGUGCAGCUGAACAGUGUCAAACUCGGCUUCGGCCCAAAAUUGCUGGAUCGCUUUGUAGAUGGCAUGAAGUUUAAUAUUGAGUUCACUAUCAGCCGCCUGAUUUUGCGUCUUCAGCACAGAGCAGCAGAGCUGGCACCUCAAUACAGAUUGGAAGAUGUGCUGUUCCCUGCAGCACCCACCUCCUCUCAGCAAACUGAGCUUCCCCAACUCAGGCUGUUUGACUCAAAGCUGGAGAAAAACACAGAGCAGUAUCAGGCUGUACAACAUAUUGUGGCUGGCUCAUCCAAACCUGCCCCCUACCUGCUGUUUGGCCCACCUGGAACAGGCAAAACUGUGACUCUGGUGGAGGCCAUCAAGCAGAUAGAGAAGAACCAGGCCUCCUGCCACAUCCUGGCCUGUGCUCCCUCCAACAGCGCUGCUGAUCUGCUCUGCGAGAAGAUACUGGACUCUAUGGAUCCUAAGGAUAAGCCUAAAGUAUACCGCAUAUACGCCAGCAGCAGGGAACCAAAAUCUGUCCCCGACGGUCUCAAAGCAUGCUCUAACCUGGUCGGGGAUUGUUAUUUUUAUCCUGCUAAAGAGAAGCUGAUGGAGUAUAGGAUCAUUGUCACCACCCUGCUAACUGCUGGAAGGUUGGUCACAGGAGGCAUCCCUGCAGGUCAUUUCACUCACGUGUUUGUGGACGAGGCAGGACAUGCUGUGGAGACUGAAUGUUUAAUUCCAGUGGCAGGGCUGCUCCAUCCAGAGUCGGGUCAAGUCGUUCUGGCUGGGGAUCCCAAACAACUCGGACCCAUCAUCAGAUCCCCUUUUGCACUAAAAUACGGCAUGGGAGUGUCCCUCUUGGAGCGCUUGAUGAAGGAUUUUCCUCUGUACCAGAAGAACGAGGGCGUGUUCAACAAUCGCUUUGUCACAAAGCUGCUGCACAACUACAGGUCCCAUCCUGCCAUCCUGAAGAUUCCUAACGAACUCUUCUACGAUGGGGAGUUGCAGGUUUGCGCGGAUGAAAUUUUACGCAACUCCUGCCGCAAUUGGAAAUAUCUCCCAAGGAAGGGCUUCCCAGUGAUCUUCCAUGGGGUGGCUGGCGUCGAUGAGCGAGAGGCCAGCAGUCCUUCGUUCUUCAAUGUAGCAGAGGUGGAGGUGCUGAUGAACUACGUCAGGAAACUGCUGCAGACACACGGCAAGAGGGGCCUGGCUACCAUCUCACCUAAAGACAUAGGCAUCAUCACUCCCUACAGGAAACAGGUGCAGAAAAUCUGUAAGGCCUUGGACAAAGUUGGGAAAGAGCUUAAAAACAAGGAAAUGGACAGCCUUGAGGUGGGUUCAGUGGAGGAGUUCCAAGGUCAGGAGAGGAGGGUGAUCAUGGUGUCGACAGUGCGGAGCAGCCCCAAUUAUGCAGAGAUAGACCAACAGUUCAACCUCGGCUUUGUCAAGAAUGAGAAGAGAUUCAACGUGGCUGUGACUCGAGCUAAAGCCCUGCUGAUUGUGGUGGGAAACCCCAGAGUGCUGAACACAGAUUCGACCUGGGCCCGCUUCAUCCAGUACAGUAAGGAUGAAGGAGGCUACACCGGUUUCACUGAAGCAGAGGAAGACGAGGAUGUGGUGAUGAGACUCGCUUUUCUCUACAUCAGCAUUGAUACCAAAGUGGAGACUGCUGAGAGUGCCAUUCAGCAGUACCUGGACCCCGAGUGGAGGAGCGACCUGUGAGGCGAAGGAGAGCCCACACAUCUGUCCUGAACACUUGAAGGGAUUUGUUUUGUUUUUUUGUUAGGAUAUUGCACCAGAUGCUUCAAACAAAAGGAGUUUGUUUUUAUUUACAUUACUCAAACUGUUUCUUCAAAAAAGGGCUUAAUGGCACCUUUAAAGGUGCACAGCUACUAUUCACAAGACAAAAAUAACAUUCCAAAAUCUCUCUUUAAAGUCAGGUUCUUGUCUUUUUAAUGUCAGCCAUAAGAACUUGACCAACUUGACCAUGAAGGACCAGGAUUCAUGUUUAAAACGGUUUGUCUUUGACUACCUCAGUUGACUGCACAAACAUGAUUUGGAGACUCAAAUCCUCAACUUUAAAUUAAUUUAUUAUUGAUAUUCAAAAUUCAUUUUACCAAACAAUAAAUGUGAGUCUUGCCAUUUAAUUGAUUUUUUUUUUUCUGCUGGCUCAUUGCUCAGGUAUUUUUAGGCUGAUUUGUUGAUUGAUUGGACCAAUUUUACAGGAGGGUUCUGUUUAUGUAUGGUACCCAAUCUGUGUCACUAUGACUCAAUACAGCAUUUUUAUGGAUAUUAACUAAAUAGAAGUCUAUGGUCUGUUUUGAGUUUUGCUUGGUAUUUUUGGAGUAAAUAAAAUAUACGCUGAAAUGAAA